AUGAAAUUUCCAAUGCAAAUCAAUCUGUUUGCUGUUUUUGCACUCAGCUUUCUUUUUUUCGCUAUCGUCAUUGCAACACCAUUUCCUGGUGGCGGCGGCGAUGGUGAUGGUGGUCGCGGCUCACCUCCAGGUCGUGCUUCUUCACCCGACCAUGUAUUCAUCACCACUUUUCCUACGCAUUCAUCCCCUAGUCACUCAUCAAGCUCUUCUUCUCCAAAGCCAUCAAGCUCUUCUUCUCCAAAGGCAAAAGGGAAAAAGCCUGUGCCGGAACGAGGCCCAAACGUCGAUUCAGCUAAACAAUACACCAGUCGAACGGCUGGGUAUUAUCUAGCAGAUGCAGGUCAUAGUCUCGCAAUGGCAGGUACAACGUUCAUCGGUAAUCCGAUCGCAGGAGGCAUUGGAGCAGCUCGUCGUGCAACAAAGGCUGCAUUGGUGAAAAGUCAUGUGAUUGGAAAAGGUCUAACAUCAGAACAAAGAUCAGAUAUUGCACGCAAAGAAUUACAUCAGGCCAAGGAAGUGGGAUUAUCUGGCAUUAAAACUGGUGCAAUGCAUACUGCCGGUUUUGCCUGUCAAGCGGGCUGCAAUUUGAUCUCAUCUGGAGCACAAGUCCAAAAAACGAUUAGCAGACAUGGAGCGAGUGAAGCAUAUCCAAAUCAUGAUGACUUUGAAAGUUUCAAAAAGAAAGCCCAUACGAAAAAAGGCGAAUUGAGCAUUGAUCGAAAAGAGACAAGAAGUCAAACAUUUCAUGGAAUGUUAGAUAUGGUCAAAGGUAAACAGCCCGAUUACGGACCAAGAUCUCAUCGCAAGGCCAAUUGGGGCUAUUCCAAAUCAGCAAAGAUCCCCGAAUUGCGUCAGGAUGCACCACGAGAUACGAUGUACAUAAGCUCUAUAGCAGUGCUUCUUCUCAAUCGAAUUUCUCCCAUGUAUAUUCUUGAUGAAAUGAUUAUGCAGGUCAUAAUAAUCGCAGCAACCAGCAUCUUCUCAGUUCUUUCAGUCAUUCAAGCAGUACCACUCGAAGCCUUCUCAAGAUCUUCUUCUUUUGCAUCUGCGGGAAGCUUGAGUCCAAAUACCUAUCUACGUUCACCAUCACCGGCAUUUUCUCUCCAUGCUUCGCCUGCCAUCCCAUCUAACCAAGAGACGAAACAGUACGACCCAACCACAUACGCAAAGAAGUUAUCAAGGGUAUAUGCAAAAGCCAGUAUUAAUCAUGCAGGUUUGGCAAUCACAACUGCAAUUGGUCAUGCUUGUGCUGGAGCGUAUGGGGCGAUGAAGUGUAUCGGUAAAGCAGGUUUGACCAAAGCUGGAAUCAUGAACAAAGAUUUACCAAGACCAGUUCGAGAAACGCAAGCGAAGCAAUACAUUCAAGAUGCCAAGCAAAUCUUUAAUCAAGGUAGAAAAGAGGCCAGAAAACAAUCCCACGAUAAAGCGAUCGAAACCGGAUUUAUGAUAGCCGAAAGUUGGUCCAACCGCAAACUUGGAAAAAGACCUCAAAUGGCUAGAAAAGUAUACAGCGGAAAAGAUCAAAAUGCACUGAAAGAAGUCAAAAGUCAAUUGCAUUCUUUCCGUAGCGAGUCGAAAAAGAAACAGCGCACCUCGAUUAGGCAAAGUAGCGGUCUCAGAAGAGAAGGGGCGCCAGCUGGAGUUUGA